AUGAGAGAAAUAAUUCACCUACAAACAGGUCAGUGUGGUAAUCAAAUAGGAGGUAAAUUCUGGGAAACUAUUUCUAGUGAACACGGAAUAGCUAAUGACGGAAGAUAUGAAGGUACAUCUGAUAAUCAAUUGGAAAGAAUUAGUGUAUAUUAUAACGAAUCUUUUUGUAGGAAGUAUGUUCCUAGAGCAGUUUUGGUUGAUUUAGAACCAGGAACGAUGGAGACUAUUAAACAAGGACCUUUUGGUAGUUUAUUUAGACCAGAUAAUUUUGUAUUUGGUCAAUCAGGUGCAGGAAAUAAUUGGGCUAAGGGUCACUACACGGAAGGUGCUGAACUUAUUGACAGUGUUAUGGAUAUAGUAAGGAAAGAAGCAGAAAGUGCAGAUUGUUUGCAAGGAUUUCAAAUUACACAUUCUUUAGGAGGAGGAACAGGUGCAGGAAUGGGAACUCUUUUACUUUCUAAGAUUAGAGAAGAAUUUUCUGAUAGAAUGAUUUGUACUUUUUCAGUAGUGCCUUCUCCAAAAGUAAGUGAUACUGUAGUUGAGCCUUAUAAUGCAACACUUAGUAUUCAUCAAUUAGUAGAAAAUGCAGAUAUUACGUUCUGUAUAGAUAAUGAGGCAUUAUAUGAUAUCUGUCUAAAAACUUUAAAGCUUAAUAAUCCUGGAUAUGGAGAUCUUAAUCAUUUAGUUUCCCUCGUUAUGAGUGGCGUGACUACGUGCCUUAGAUUCCCAGGACAACUUAAUGCAGAUUUAAGAAAGCUAGCAGUAAAUAUGAUCCCUUUUCCAAGAUUGCAUUUCUUCGUGGUAAGCUUUGCUCCUCUUAUCGCUAAAGAUACUCAACAGUUUAAAACUUAUUCAGUCUCCGAACUAACACAUCAGAUGUUUGACAGUAGAAAUAUGAUGACUGCUUGUGAUCCUAAAAAAGGUAGAUAUCUUACUGUAGCAGCCGUGUUUAGAGGUAAAGUCUCUAUGAAAGAUGUAGAUGAACAAAUGGCUUCUGUUCAGAAUAAAACAGGAAACUUGUUUGUAGAAUGGAUACCUAGUAAUGUUAAAACAGCUGUAUGUGAUAUAGCACCAGAAGGAUUUGAAAUGACUGGUACUUUUAUGGGAAAUACAACUGCUAUACAAGAACUUUUUAAGCGUGUAUCAGAACAAUUUAGCUUGAUGUUUAGGAAAAAAGCUUUCUUACAUUGGUACACUGGAGAGGGAAUGGAUGAAAUGGAAUUUUCGGAAGCAGAAUCUAACAUGAAUGAUUUAUUAUCUGAAUAUCAACAAUAUCAAGAAGCAACUAUUGAAGAUUCAGAAGACUUAUUCGUUAAUUAA